UUUAGUUGCCUUCCGCUCGUGAAUAGUUCACAGUUAUUUUAAAAAAUGAUUACCGAUUUAUGGGUAAGGGGGAAUAUUAUUACUCAGAUAGCAGCACAGCACACAUUGGAUAAAUAUAAACAUCUUUUAAAAUGGAAAAAUAAUGAAACCAUUCUCGAGUUUGGUGCGGCUGAUGGAAAAACUUCAGUCAACGCAGUUCUACCAGCCUUGCCAAAGGACUACAAAGAGUAUGUUCUCACUGAUGUAUCACAUGGUAUGGUAGAAUAUAUGAAGAAAAAUCUAAACAUACCCAGAAGUAAGAUCAUGCAACAUGAUAUUGCUACAGUUAAGCUUCAAGACGAAUUUAAAAACAAGUUUGACCACAUUUUUGGUAUAUGGGUGAUGCAUAUGGUACCAAACCCCAGACAAGGCUUCAUUAACAUCAACAAAAUGCUUAAACCAGGAGGUCAAGCGUUUGUAUCAUUCGGAGAAGUGACACCAACGGAUCCCGCUUUCCAUAACCUACUCAAGAAUCCCAAAUGGUCAAGGUAUGGACAUAUGCUAUCUCCUCAUUACUACAGCGACAACAUAGAAGAAUCUUAUAAAAAAGAUAUUAAUGCUGCAGGAUUCAAAUCCUACCAAUUCCAUGUCGAAAAGGAUUACCAAGCAUUUUUUGAAAGUCGGGAGAGAUUAAUGACUCAUUUCACGGCAAUCAAUAAUGUAUUACCAAGGAUACCCGAAGACCUUAAGGAUGAAUACUUAAGAGAUUACUACAAAGAAAUAGAAAGUAGUGGUCAAAUAUUGUAUAUAGAAAGAGAUGGACAACAAAUACCAUAUGUAAAUGCGAAAUUAUUUAUUGUUGUAAUGAACAAACACGAAUAAAUAUUGAAUUAGUGGUAA